UACAGUUUUGUUUUGUCUCGUUGGUAGCACUGAGUUUAAGAUGGCGUUGAAUAGUUAGUAAACAAUAAUACAAACAGUAAACGGUGCGCAAAGUGACCGGGCAUUUUAGUGAAUAUGUCGGUACUUUUAAUCGAUUGCGUACGAAAAGUUUCGUCGUUAGUAUUCAAAAUUCAAAUGUAGCCAUUUAUGCAACCUGUGUUUCUUUGAAAAGCAGUUAAAUUCAAAUUCUUAUUAAACUGUAUUGUGUAUUUGAAAAUACUCGCAGUGGUGUCCGUUGUGAAAGUUGAGGUAAUUCGUUUAUUUCUAUUUCUUAGGAACAAAUGAUAUAAUGACGGAAGAAAAUGCUGAAAUUUGUGGAUUUCUAGAUGUUAAGUAUCUCAGUGGUAAAUAUAAGGUUCAUAAGGUAAGGAAAAGAACAUUAGCUCCUUGGAAGGUUUGGCGGAGACAUUGGUGUUCCAUAAGAAGACUGGGCCCUGGUCUGGGUGUUAGAAUACAACUUGAUUAUAAUAUCAGCAAUGCUAUUAAUACGUCGCCAAAUGACAAGGACAAUUCGUUAAUUAUUCCAUCCGAUGCUAUUAUUUAUCGGACGCAAUCUAGAUCUAAACAGUUUGCCUUUGGUAUAUUUCCUACCAAAGAAAGGAAGCCAUUAAUAUACUUUGCAGGUAAUUCAGAAACGGAAUCGCAACGAUGGAUGGCAAAUAUUAGGCAACUGUUGAGACCCAGAAAAAGUCAGUUUAUACCAGGAUCUUAUAGCGUAUCUAUGGUGGAUAAUGCGCAUUCUAAGGCAUCAGGACUUAUCGGACUGUACGGCGAUUUAGUAGCUAGUACAAAAGGAGUUUUUAUUAAAGACGCUCACUCGGGUGAAACCAUAGAAACCUUUGAUUGGAGAGAAUUGGGACAGUUUCACCAUAGUACAACAGGUCGUCCAGAAGAUGUUAAAUGCAUUUGCGUAAUUCAUACAACUAAAGAGUUUCAUGGUGGAGUAGGAGAACUUCAUAUAUUUUGUUUAGAAGCUGGCAAAUUGUUACAAGACUUGGUGACUCAAGGUCGUGGUCCGAGAGCUAAGCUCAAUAGAAGACCUUUGAGUUUAAGCGAGGGUGAUCUUAGAAUAUCAAAGUUUGAAGAGAUCCAACGAAAUUACCCAAUCCUGAGUGAGCGAAUAGAUGUCAGGAUAUUAAACAAAAGUAGGAACAGUACCGUGGAUCAUGGAGAAAUGGGUUCCAAGAUCUACAAUAAAUUAGCAGAAAAUGUUUAUCAACCAGAACCAUCGAGUGUUCCAAACAUUACCGAUAACACAAAAGAAUGGUCGAAUUAUCCUCACGAUAGAAGAAUUUCAAAUAUUUCGGUAGCUUCUGGGAUCUAUGAAGAAAUUGCAGAUGAGGUGGAGAAUGACAAAGCAACAACUUCGCAUUUUUCCGUGGAUCGAUUUUUUCAUAGUUUCGAAUCCGAAGAACCUCCACCUUUACCACCUCGACAAAGAUGUGCUUCGGAAUCUAUGAAAGGCUUUAGAUCGCAAGAUGUUUUAAUUUCUGGGCGCGGUAUUAUAUCGGUAACGUCGAGUCAUAACCCAACUCAAGACGAAAGAAAUACGUUUGCGUUAGAAAAAGAUAUAGACACCUGCAAUUACGUUCCCAUGUCGCCUAGACUAAAAGAUAUCAGUCUCCAUCGUUUACAAACGCAGGCAUCUCUGCAAGAAAAUGACUAUGUUAUCAUGCGAUAAACUGUACAAUGAAAGUCACGAGAAUGUUAUUCGAGCUACACAAAUUGAUACUUGAUGUUUAGUGGAUUGCACCUUCUCUCGUUUAUUCUAUUUCUUUUCAAGAGAAAAAGAGUGUGUGCGUGUGUGCGUGUAGGCGUGUAGGCGUGUAGGCGGCAAGGCAAGGAAAAAGAGAAAAAUUGUGAAAUUUAGAUUUGAAAAAAACAAGUUGAACCUAGUGAGUAUUACUUCAAGUAUAAAUAAAGUCUAAACAGGAGAGACGAAUGGUUCGGUAUACAAACAAAAGCUUAGAUGUUUAUUUGUACAAAACUUUGUAUACUUUAUUCAAAUUAAAAAAUUUGUACAUGA